AUGCCAGCACAGCCUCCCGACUUCACGCUCACCCUAGCCGUCCGCGACUACGAAUGCGAUCUCCAAGGCGUCGUCAACAACGCCGUGUACCAGAACUACCUCGAACACGCCCGCCACCAGUAUUUGCAAAGCCUCGGCCUCAGCUUUGCCCGCUUCCACGAACAGGGCCACGACUUGGUCCUCACCCGCGCUGAAAUCGACUACAAGGCCCCCCUCAGAAGCGGCGACCGCUUCACGGUCGAGCUGCGCUUGGAGCGGGAGAGCCGCCUGCGCUUUUGCUUUGUCCAAGAUAUCUUCAGAGAAGCCGACGGCGCACACGUGCUGCACGGCCGCCUCAUCGGCACCAGCCUCAACCGCGACGGGCAUCGCGGUUUCCCGCCUGAGAUAGAGGAACUGUUGGCGACGCGCUAA